AUGUCUGAUAAUAAGCCAACUGUAGAGCCAGCUGCUGGCUCAGCUCCUAGUUCGAGCUCAGAAUCAGUCAAUGAUGGUUCAACCAACCAUCAUCAACCUGCAUCAUCUGCAUCACCAUCAUCAUAUGGAGGUGCCAACAAUACCUCCACCACCACCACCACCCCUCAUCACCAACAACAACAACAACAACAACAACAAUACUACCAACAACAACAACAACACGGUGGACACAACAUUUACUAUCCUAACAAUAGUUAUGGUAAUGCCAAUUCUACUAGCGGUAAUCCAAAUACCUACAAUAAUAAACAUUAUAAUAAAAAUUAUAGUGGUAGACAAAAUUAUAAUAAUGGAAGUGGUAAUUCUAGUGGCAACAAUCAAGGAAGACAACAACAAACUCAAUCACAACAGCAACAUCAUCAAUCACAACAGCAACAACAACAGACUCCAGGUCAACAGACAUACAGAAAGAGUUCCUAUAAUCCUCAAAAGGUAAAUCAACAUAAUAAUGCUCAAGCUUAUUAUAAUGUUAACCCAAAUCAAAUGUAUGCUGCCUAUGGUUAUAUCCCUAAUUAUGCUGCCGGUUAUCCAGUCAUGGCCUCUUAUGGGGUACCUGGUCAACAAUAUGUAAUUUCUCCUCCACCUCAACCUCAACCUCAAUCCCAACCAAUAAUUCAUACUCCUCCUCCAACUAAAGUUAAAUUCACUACCAAAGAUGGUAUUCCAAUUGAUUUAGAGGAAAAGAAAAAGAAAGUUGCUGCCGCUGCUUCAUCUGUUUCUCCAGUUUCUUCCCCUGCCAAUAGUAUAAUUUCUCCUGCUGUAUCUAUAAAAUCUCCAAUAUCCGUUAAUAAAGAUUUAAGUACUUCAACUACUCCAUCUGCUAAUGCAACUCCAAAAAUUGCUGCUGCUGUUACUACAGCUCCAACUCCUGCUGUUGCACCUGUGGCUGCUGUUGCUCCUGUUGCUGCUGCUGCCAAACCAGCUUCUUCAGCUGCUGAAGAAUUCAUGAGAAAGGUGAGAGAAAGAGCUGCUGCUGCUCAAAAAGAAAAGGAAGCUGCUGCCGCUGCUGCUGCUGGUACUGCUCCUGCAGCUACCUCUACUCCUGCCCCAGCUCCAGUUGCUGCUGCUGCUACUACUACUCCUGUUGUUGCUGCUGCUCCAGUGGAAGAAAAACCAAAGGAAGAAGAAGUUGCUGUACCAAAGGUAGAAGAACCUGUGGCUGAAAAGGUAGUUGUUCCAGAGCCUGAUGCUCAAGUUGAAGCUCCUAAAGAACCAACUCCAGCUGUAGAACCUAUUGCUGUUGUCACUCCGGAACCAAAAUCAGUUCCAGAACCAGUGAAAGAAGAAUCUACUCCUGCUCCAGUUGAACAAGAAGUUUCAUCGCCUGUUGUUGUUGAUGAAGUAAAAUCUGAACAAUCACAAACGGAAACUACUAAGGAAGAAGAAAUCACUUCCCCUGUUCCAACUGCUACUGUAGAUGGAGAAGAAGUAUCACAAAAGGAUUCAGAACCAGAAGAUGCUGAAGUUGAAGCUGAGGCUGAAGCUGAAGUUGAAGAACCUUCAUUCACUAUAUCUAAUUUCUUAUCAAGAAUAGAAACUGUUGAAGGUGUUGAAGAUUUAUUAACUACCAAAUACCCUGAAAAUAUUACUGGUAUUGAUUCCACUAAACAAAUUCCAUCCAAAAAAUACAGAUAUGAUCCUCAAUUUUUAAUGCAAUUCCGUAGUGUUAUUCAAUAUCCAAUGGAUGCUGAAUUCAAUGCUAAAUUGGAAAAAGUUGAUAUUGAUGCUUCCAAUAAAAAGAAUGGUCCAAAUAAUAAUGCUUCAAGAAAUAAAUUUGGUCAACCAGGUGGUAAUUCUGGUGGUCAAAGAUAUCCAUUACAAAACAGAGGUUCUUAUAGUGAUCCAAGACAAGCUUCAAGAACUGGAUCUAAAAGAAGAGGUCCAGGAGGAAAUGAACGUUCUAAAUCUACUCCAAAGAAUAAAUCAAAGAGAAGAGAAAGAGAAAGAAAUGAUGAAAAUGAUGAACCUCCUAAACCAGUUGAAGAAGUUAAACCAUUAGAAAAAUCUGCUAAUAGAUGGGUACCAAGAUCAAGAGCUGCUAAAGCUGAAGUUGUUGUUGCUGAAGAUGGUUCUGAAAUCUUCCCAAGUGAAGAAAUUGAAAGAAAGACUAAAUCAUUAUUAAAUAAAUUAACAUUAGAAAUGUUUGAAGCCAUUACUAAUGAUGUAUUAAAAUUAGCUGAACAAUCUAAAUGGGAAAAAGAUGCUAAAACUGUUAAAGAAAUUAUUUCUUUAACUUUUGCUAAAGCUUGUGAUGAACCAUUCUGGUCAGAAGUGUAUGCUAAAUUCUGUGCUAAAUUAUGUACUAAUAUUCUUAGUGAUGUUACUGAUGAAACUCAAACUCUUAAAGAUGGUACUCAUCCAUCAGGAGGUGCAUUAGCCAGAAGAUUAUUAUUAACUACUUGUCAAGCUGAAUAUGAAAAAGGUUGGACUGAUAAAUUACCAACUAAUGAAGAUGGUACUCCAUUAGAACCAGAAAUGAUGUCUGAUGAAUAUUAUGUUAUGGCUGCUGCUAAAAGAAGAGGUCUUGGUUUAGUUAAAUUCAUUGGUCAUUUAUAUAAUUUGAAUAUGUUGAAUGAUCAAGUUAUAUUUAUGUGUUUAAGAGAUCAAUCCAAGAAUGUGGUUGAUCCAUCUGAAGAUAGUUUAGAAAAUUUGGUUCAAUUAGUUAUGACUGUUGGACCAAAAUUAGACUCUGAUGAUAGAACAAAAGCUAUAUUAAAAAUUGUAUUUGAAAAUAUAGAUAAGAUAUUGGCUAAUAAGGAAAUCAAAUUAUCUUCAAGAGUUUAUUAUAAAUUGGUUGAUUUACAAGAUUUAAGAAAAAGUAAAUGGGCUGCCAUAUCUAAGAAUGAUGAUGGUCCAAAGACUAUUCAAGAAAUUCAUAGAGAUGCAGAAAUUAAAAAGAUGCAAGAAAAUAAAGCUAGUAAUGAAAAGAGACAAAAAAGAUAUAAUGAAGGUAGAUCUAAUUCUUCAAGAACUGGAUCUGGUUGGAAUAAUAACAAUAACAAUAAUAACAAUAAUAAUAACAAUAAUAACAACAAUCAUAACAGUAGUAGUACCAAUCUUGCCGCUGGAAAUAGUUCUACUUUAUUGAAUAAUAUCAGAAAAUCACCUUCAUUCAUUAGUCAAAGAAGUCCUUCCAAUGGUCCAAACACAAGUAAUUCUAGUGCUGACAUUCAAAGAGAAUCCUCCAAAAGAUCAGAAUCAACCCAUAUAAAUAGAUUUGCAGCUUUAGGAGGAGAUGAUGAUGAUGAUAAUAAUGAACAUGAAGUUGAAGCCGAAGGUGAAGCUGAAGUUGAAGCUGAAGUUGAACCAGAAGCUGGAGAAGAAACUGAAGAAUAA